AUGACGGCGACCACUCGCCAGUCCACCACCCCGGGCUUCGAUGAUCAAAUGGAGUCCUCCUCCCUUUUGAAGCCCGCAACCACCCUCUCCGGGAAUCAGCACCCCAUCUCCGGAGUCAACAGCGACGCCAUGCCGAUGCUGUCCAAGUCCGGUGGCGGCGGCGGCACCAUCUCGACUGGGCCCAACGCCCUGGACUCCGAUACUGCCAUGCAGGUCCUUGAGGACGAGGAUGUCGGCCUGGAUAUCCCGGCUCCUCGGCCUAGCAUGGCCCUCAAGAUCCUCUACGGCAUGCCGCAGCUGGGCACCUUUUUCUCCAACACCCUCCUGAACCAAUGGCUCACUUAUUACUACCUGCCGCCGGGCGAGCCCCAGCGCAUCAGUGCCUCUGUUUUCGGUGUCCUUCUGGUCCUUGGCCGUCUCGCCAAUGCCUUCUGCGACCCGCCGGUCGGCUACCUGUCGGACCGCUCGCGCCUGCGUCUCGGCCGCCGUAUCCCCUUCAUGCUCUUCGGCGCCCCCUUCCUGGCCAUCUUCUUCUCCUCUCUCUGGUUCCCGCCUUACCCCGGCAACAACAGCCUGCACCCCGGCCAGACCCAGAACGCCGUCUAUUUCACCUUCAUGUUCAUGCUCUACAAUGUGGCGUUCGCCUUCGUCACGGCUCCCUGGACUGCCCUCUCGCCGGAGAUCACCCGCGAGAAGUCCGAUCGUGUCAUGCUCGCCACUUUCUCCGGCCUCUUCUCGCUUGCUGGUAACCUGCUCGGUGCCAUGAUUGGUCCCUUCCAGGCCAACCACCAGGACGGGCUGAACUUCCUGGGUAUCCAAUUUGCCAGUGGUCUGCAGUUCUGCGGCGCCAUGGCCGGCCUCCUGCUGCUUGUGUGCUUCUGGGUCCCCCUGCUGGUGAUCAAGGAGAACCCGAAUGCCCCGCGCCCGCCCCCGCACAACAUCGUCAAGGAGCUCAUCGUCACGGUCAAGAACCCGGCCUUCCGGUCGCUCAUCGGCAUCACCUCCUUCCUGCCCAUGGGUGUGGUCUUCGUCGGGACCGGCCUGCCAUACCUGUGCACGCAGAUCCUCGAGGCGGCUCCCAACGAUCCGGACCCCGGCCUGGUGAAGCCCGGCACCGGUGAGUCGUGGACGGGUCUCAUUGCCGGGAUCAUGAUUGCCGGUGCCCUGCUGUGCAUGCCCUUCGUCGGGCCGCUGGCCCAGCGUUUCGGCAAGAAGAUCGUCAUGCUCUUCAGCACCAUCCUCAUGGCCCUGCUGGUGUUCUCCAUUUCCUUUGUCAAGUUCUUCCCGGACCCGGCCAUCCCCACGCUCAUCGGUGUGGCCAUCAUGGCCAUCCCGGCUUCGGUGUCCUUCAUUCUCCCGUCGGCCAUCUACGGUGAUGUGGUGGAUUUCGAUUCGCGCCGGUCCGGCCAGCGCCGCGAGGGCAUCUACGCCGGUGCCAAUGCCUUCUCCAACAAGAUCUUCAUGGCCAUCGGCUCGGCGGCCAUCGUCUACAUCCUGGAGCUCGGUGCCACCCGCGCCGAUCCCAUCGGUAUUGUUGUCCUCUACAGCGUGGCCGGUCUGGUCAUGGCCCUGGGCGCGCUGCUCUUCUCCACACAUCCCAUUCGGGACUAG